CACCAGUGCCGGAGGCUCAGAAUAAGUCAAUGGGAGGAAGGCUUCAGUCACGGCAGCAAGCAGGUCCACUGAGCAGAGAAGAGGACAUGCUUGGGAGAGCAACGAGCAAUAAGAGGGGGAACUCUCUGGCAUUCAAACUCAAACUCGACUCUACCACUUCAAGCAGAAAAAAACAGAGAGAGAGGAAAACCAAAAAAGGGUCUCUUUUUGUGGCUAUCAGUUUCUUUCACUAAACCUUCUGAAGAAUACUAAACACACAGGCCUCACCGUCAGACAUGGACAGAUGUAUGUCUGCUCUCAUUUUACAGAACUUGAAAUUCUGUUUUAAAGAAAGACGUCAACUUUGGCCUUGAAUGUUUGGCAUGUGUACAAUGGCUUAAAAAAGCAGACGACCAGCUUAGCUACUGACCAUGCUGACCACUGUCCGGAUCUGGAUCAAAUCAGAGAAAAACACAGCGAAUGGCUUUCUCUUAUAGAAUAUUUGAACAAAGCACAAUUCCUGAGCACAUUUUACACAGCUCAUUCCAUCACUUAAUCUCUUCUAACUGGUCCGGAUUACAGACAGAAUCGACACCAGAGGAAAUGAAACAGAUUGGUGAGGAACAAGAAAAUAAACCACCGCGCUGGGCAGCUCUUCUGAUACUUAUGGUGAUAAUACCCACAAUUGGUGGAAACAUCCUUGUUAUUCUGGCUGUUUCACUGGAGAAAAAGUUGCAGUAUGCUACCAAUUAUUUCCUAAUGUCCCUGGCAGUGGCUGAUUUGCUGGUUGGAUUGUUUGUGAUGCCGAUUGCCCUCUUGACAAUAAUGUUUGAGGCUAUGUGGCCCCUCCCACUUGUUCUAUGCCCUGCCUGGUUAUUUCUUGACGUUCUUUUUUCUACUGCAUCCAUCAUGCAUCUUUGUGCCAUUUCAGUGGAUCGUUACAUAGCCAUCAAAAAGCCAAUCCAGGCCAAUCAAUAUAACUCACGAGCUACAGCAUUCAUCAAGAUUACAGUGGUAUGGUUAAUUUCAAUAGGCAUUGCCAUUCCAGUCCCUAUCAAAGGGGUGGAAACUAAUGUGGGUAACCCAAACAACAUCACUUGUGGGUUGACAAAGGAUCGUUUCGGCAAUUUCAUGCUCUUUGGCUCACUGGCUUCCUUUUUCAUACCUCUGGCCAUCAUGAUUGUCACCUACUUUCUCACUAUCCAUGCUUUACAGAAGAAAGCUUAUUUGGUCAAAAAUAAGCCACCUCAACGCCUAACAUGGUUGACUGUGUCCACAGUUUUCCAGAGAGAUGAAACACCCUGCUCAUCACCAGAAAAAGUGGCAAUGCUGGACGGUUCUCACAAGGACAAAACUCUGCCCAAUGCAAAUGACGACACACUUAUGCGAAGAAUGUCCACAGUAGGAAAAAAGUCAGUGCAGACCAUUUCCAAUGAAAAGAGAGCUUCGAAGGUUCUAGGGAUUGUGUUUUUCCUCUUUUUGCUUAUGUGGUGCCCCUUUUUUAUUACAAAUAUAACUUUAGUUUUAUGUGAUUCCUGCGACCAGACUACUCUCCAAAUGCUCCUGGAGAUAUUUGUGUGGAUAGGCUAUGUUUCCUCAGGGGUGAAUCCUUUGGUCUACACCCUCUUCAACAAGACAUUUCGGAAUGCAUUUGGCCGAUAUAUCACCUGCAAUUACAGGGCCACGAAAUCAGUAAAAACGCUUAGAAAAUGCUCCAGUAAUAUCUACUUCCAGAAUCCAAUGGCAGAGAACUCUAAGUUGUUCAUGAAACAUGGAAUGCGAAACGGCAUUAAUCCUGCCAUGUACCAGAGCCCAAAGAGGCUCCGAAGUUCAACCAUUCAGUCUUCAUCAGUCAUUUUACUAGACACACUUCUCCUCACUGAAAAUGAAGGUGACAAAACUGAAGAGCAAAUCAGUUAUGUAUAGUAGUAAUGGCAGUUUGUAUCUAAUUAAUAUAAUAAGAUAUAAAUAUACCAAGAAUUAUAUAAAGAACUCUAUAUCAUGUAUCAAAAAGUAUCUCUUUAAAUUAAGAAUUAAGUAUUGUGGUUAUCCAACUAUCUUUAUUUGGGCAAAACUAUCCCAUGAAAAAAAAUCAUUUUUGUAUAGCUGCAAAUUAAAACAAUCCAGCAUGCUGGUUAAAUGAUAAGAUAUUUAAAUGAAAUAAAAUUAAAUAAACCAAUAAAUUUCAAGCUUACCAGAAAAAAAAAAGCCACCAUAAGAAUUUAUUUAGUUUCUAAUUGUAUGCAAAGCUAUGCUGAGAAUGAAAUCAAAACCAAAAAGCAUUAACCUGUCUUCAAGGCCUUAAAAGCAAUUAAGGCAUAGCAUAGAACUGCAGUGACAGGAACAGAGGGCUAAAAAUAAGU